AUGGACCGCGACGAGAUGACGCCGCCGCCUAGCGGCUACCGGUCGCCGACCACCGGCCGCGCGCUGCCCGACUACAGCUACUACGCCGGCCGGGCGGAGCUCAUCAGCUGGGUGAACAACCUGCUGGAUCUGUCCCUGUCGCGCCUGGAAGAGUUCGCCUCCGGGGCGGUCUACUGCCAGAUGCUGGACGCCUACUUCUCGGACACGGUGCCGAUGCACAAGGUCAACUUCUUUGCGCACGAGGAGUACGAGUACAUGGCGAACUACAAGCAGCUGCAGGCGGGGCUAACCGUGCUGGGCAUGACGCGGGAACUGGACCUGCACAAGCUGAUGCGAGGCGCCCCCACGGACAGUCUGGAGUUCUUGCAGUGGCUGUACAAGUACCUCAGGAAGAAGAGGCUUGAUGACACUUACGACCCUCGGGCCAGGAGAGCCAGCACGAUUAGGGGUGGAACGGAUAAGCUGCCCCCACCAUUCUGGGACAACCAACGCUUUGAUGUCUAUGGGCGAGACAGUUUGAAAACCCACUAUGAGCAUGUCGAUGGAGAGUAUCCAGAUCCUGCGCCGAUGAGAAAAUCGCGAGCCAGUCCAGGCCACCACCGCAGGAAAGAGCGUGGCGUCCACCGCAUGACGUCUGGCGACCAGUCCUCUGCUGCUCCCACCGAGACAACGGAGUCCAGGCUGGAGGAGGUGCAGGAGGUCGAUGAGUUUGAAGAGUCUGAGGUGGGAGACAAGGCAGAGAGCCAGGAGCCCCCCAUGGAUGAGGCUACCUCUGAGAAGCGGGCACCCUCUCCAGUGGGCUACUCUGUUGACAUCCGGGCAGUGAGCAGCGAGACGAGAGUGGAAGAUCGGCCUGCACCUGUGUCCCGCAGCUAUCAAGUUCCUUCGGAGGUGUCGGCAGGCGCCGUGGAGGCCAUAACGGACGCCCUUAGCACCCUGCAGAAGUCAAUGCCCAAGUUCAAGGGCCUGCUGGGUGAUAUGGGUGCAGAGAACGACAGUUACGCAUACCGGGGCAAGGUGCGCAGCAUGCGUGACGUCUUCAGCACCCUGAUGCGCCACUGCGCCCAGCUGUUGGACGACCUUGAGGGCCUGCACAAGAUCCAGCCCAUCGAGGCUGAGGACCUGUCCCGGCUGUCUGCCGCGGCAAAUGAGAUGGCCAGGAUGGAGGACCGGUUUCGGGAUGUGGUGGGGGAGUUGAGGCAGGCAGAGGAGACCCAUCCCGUGCCGCAGAAGAGCACGAUCUCGAUAACAGAGGAGCAGAAGGGGUUGAGCGAUACCAAGGCACUGGAUGGGACGCUGAGGCGGGUGGGUGCAGCGCAGGCUGCACUGGCACAGGCGCUGCUGAAGGGUUCAGUGGAGGGGUCCAGGGCGAUCCUUGAUGCCGUCAAACAGGACCCCACAAAGAAUGGGAAGGAUCGCAGUGAGGAUGACCCACCAAAGAAGGAGUCGCUUUCAAGGACAAUCCGAAUUGGUGACUUCCAGAUGCGGAGAUUAAAGAAUGGAGACAUCUACAAGGGCCGCUACAUCCGCUCAAAGAAGAAUGGAGAGGGUGUGUACCAGUUCAUGAACGGUGACGUGUAUGAGGGCGACUUCAAGGACGACCGGAUGGGCGGCAACGGCCUGUACACCUUCUCCCACGAGGGGCGCUACGAGGGCCAGUGGGAGAACGCGGUGUACGAGGGUGUGGGCACAGAGACCUUCGCCCGGGGCUCCACCUACCAUGGGGAGUACAGCGGGGGCAUGCGCAGCGGCUGGGGCGUGUGCCGCUACUACAACGGGGACUAUUACGAGGGCGUGUGGAAGCAGGGGCUGAGGGAUGGGCGGGGGAUGCAGCAGUGCACGGACGACAGCAACUACGUGGGGGACUACCUGGCAGGGAAGCGGCACGGAUUUGGUGUGUACAGCUUCCCCAAUGGGGACAGGUACCUUGGGGAGUACGAGAAGGACAUCCCGCACGGGUACGGUGUGUACAUGUUUGCGAGCGGGCAGAAGUACGAGGGCCAGUGGCAUGCCGGGAAGAAGCAUGGCUGGUGCAUCUACACCAUCGAGACCGGCGAGCAAUGGGCAGGUGAGUGGGUAGAGGGGAAGCCCAAGUGGGUGCAAGGUCUGGUCGAUGGUGAGGAGAUGGACAAGAGGUGGACAGACGAGAUCUGUGAGAAAGUGAAGAUGGCCUGGAAAUCAUGCAAGAGCGCUCAAGGGGCAGCAAAAGAGGGCGGCGAUCGUGCCGAUGAGCAUUGGGCGACUGAUGGCGCCACCCAGAAGGCGAUCCGUGAUGUCAUCAAGAGAGCGAACGAAGCGGCGGCAGCUGCUCAGGACGCCCGAAAGAAGGCGAUUGAGGUUGCGGCCAAGCUCGACACACUGGCGGCAAACCAGGAGAACAGCGUCACCACAUUGUGA